ACAGACACAAACACUCAUACACACCCACAUAAACACGUACAGACAGACACGAACAUUCAUACACACCCCAUAAACACAUAUACACCCCAUGCACAUACAGAUCCACACUCACACACACUCAUACAAACACACACACACACACACACACACACACACACACUCACUCAUAACACCCAUGCACACCCACCACAGACAAUACCACCCACUAGAACACCUCCCGCCAUACUACCC